CUUCUGGAGUCUCCGGCCAUCCUCUGGGAAGAGCCCAGAAAGAGGACAUGGCUGCUAAACAGAGGGAAGCAAGGUCUCAGGUGUCAGUGACAUUUGAGGACGUGGCUGUGCUUUUCACUCGGGAUGAGUGGAGAAAGCUGGGUCCUUCUCAGAGAAACUUGUACCAGGAUGUGAUGCUGGAGAACUACAGUAACCUGCUCUCAUUGGGACUCCCAUUUUCCAAACCAGAAGUGAUCUCCCUGUUGCAGCAAGGAGAAGCUCCCUGGAAGGCAGAGAAGGAAAGUCCUGGAGGCUCCUCUCCAGGAUGGAAGAGCAGUCAUAAAACCACAAAGUCAACUCAAACACAAGAUUCUUCAUUUCAGGAACAAAUAAUGAAAAUAUCCAAAAAGAAUGGACCCUGGGACUUCAAAUCAGAAAAACCCUGCAUAUAUGAAGACAGAUUAGAGAAAAAGCAGGAGAAAAAAGAAAGUGUUCAGGUAGUUUCAGUCAGCCACACAAAAAUCCUCACUGCAGAAAGAAGACAUAAAAAUACUGAAUUUGGCCAAAACUUCAGCUCAAAUUCUGUCCUUGCUAGUCAACAGAUGGUUCCCAGGGAAAAAACACCACCAAAAUGUGAAAUACAAGGAAACACCUUCAAAAAGAAUUCAAAUUUAUUUAAUCAACCAAAAAUCAUCACAGCAGAGAAACGCUAUAAAUGUAGUAUAUGCGAGAAAACCUUCAUUAACACUUCAUCCCUCCGUAAACAUGAGAAAAACCAUAGUGGAGAGAAAUUAUUUAAAUGUAAAGAAUGUUCCAAAGCCUUUAACCAAAGUUCAGCUCUUAUUCAACAUCAAAUAACUCAUACUGGAGAGAAACCCUACGUGUGUAAAGAAUGUGGGAAAGCCUUCACUCUUAGUACAUCCCUUUAUAAACAUCUAAGAACACAUACUGUGGAAAAAUCCUAUAGAUGUAAAGAAUGUGGUAAAUCCUUCAGCCGAAGGUCAGGCCUUUUUAUACAUCAAAAAAUCCAUGCUGGAGAAAAUCCCCAUAAAUAUAAUCCAGGUAGGAAAGCAUCUGCUUGCAGUGCAUCCCUUCCUGGGUGUCAGAGAAUUCAUUCCAGAAAGAAGUCCUAUUUAUGUAACGAAUGUGGCAACACCUUUAAGUCUAGCUCAUCCCUUCGUUAUCAUCAGAGAAUUCACACUGGAGAGAAACCUUUUAAAUGCAGUGAAUGUGGGAGAGCCUUCAGUCAGAGUGCAUCUCUCAUUCAACAUGAAAGAAUUCACACUGGAGAAAAGCCCUACAGAUGUAAUCAAUGUGGAAAAGGCUUCACUUCUAUUUCACGACUUAAUAGACACCGAAUAAUUCAUACUGGUGAGAAGUUUUAUAAUUGUAACGAAUGUGGUAAAGCCUUAAGUUCUCACUCAACACUUAUUAUUCAUGAAAGAAUUCAUACUGGAGAGAAGCCAUGUAAAUGUAAAGUGUGUGGGAAAGCCUUCAGACAAAGUUCAGCCCUCAUUCAACAUCAGAGAAUGCACACCGGAGAAAGACCCUAUAAAUGCAAUGAGUGUGGGAAAACAUUCAGGUGUAACUCCUCCCUUAGUAAUCAUCAGAGAAUUCAUACUGGAGAGAAACCAUACCGAUGUGAAGAAUGUGGGAUAUCCUUUGGCCAAAGUUCGGCUCUUAUUCAACAUCGGAGGAUUCAUACAGGAGAAAAACCCUUUAAAUGUAAUACAUGUGGGAAAACUUUUAGACAAAGCUCAUCACGUAUUGCUCAUCAGAGAAUUCAUACUGGAGAGAAACCCUAUGAAUGUAAUACAUGUGGGAAACUUUUCAACCACAGGUCAUCCCUUACUAAUCAUUAUAAAAUUCACAUUGAAGAGAACCCCUAGAAAGUAGGAUUGCAUGUGUGAAAGCCUUAAACCAAAGCUCAUCAGAAUGAGAGAGAUGUAAUAAAUGUUAUAGAUAUGAAAAACCUUCUUGUAAUUUAGCUCUCAUCAGAUAUUAAAUUACAAGGAUAAACAUUGACUAUGUAAUAGAUAAUGAGGAAAGUGGAAAGUGUUCAUGCCUGUCAGACACUUUUUUAAAUAACCUGAAAUGAAGAAUUCACAACUGGAGACAUCGUGUAUUUGUAAAAUAAAAGAAUUGUUUUCUUUAUACAGCAGUGUACACUAGAUAUUAUAUGUGAUUGUCAUAAACAUCUGGGUGGGGGGUGUGCACUGGAUUUCUCAUUAAAAACACUGUGUAAACCUAAUACUUUUUAAUAACAUUUUAUAGCAUAUAAAAGAUGUGAUCAAAGAAAUUAUACAUUUUUAGAGAAAAGGACCAAAUAAAAGAUCAAAAUGAACUGUAAACUACCUCUCAGUUUAUGGAGUUUGUCCUUUUCCUGACCUGAUGUCAAACUUUUUGCAUGGAUUUCAUUUAAAAAUAAAAGUCUCUUCUCUUC